ACUACUUCCAACCGGAAGUGUACAUCUUGAGAAGGAAAACUCGGAAAAGGAACGGAAUAUGAACGCUUGUAAAUUGCAUGUAGUUUAUUCAUGGUUAAAAAAGAUUCCCUCUGUUGACACGACUUAAAUUAACGUAUAUGGAGGAUUUACCCAAUGUCAAACCAAUUCAUGCUUUCAUCGGCGGGAAAUUUACAAAAACGACGUAAAAUUCACUUGGACAGAGUCGAUUGUUUCACCCUUGCCAAGUCGAGUGAGGGCAGUUCCAGCUUAACGAAUCCGUUUUUUUGUAGUGAAAGCAAAAGUAGAAAGCGACAUAAUUUAUUCCCAAUUUACAAAACUCGUAAGAACGCCAUGAAUGAUCAAGAUAAAACAUUCGCAUUGGGUGCCCCCGGAUUUCAGUCUGCUUCAGAUUUUCACAGACAGGAAACUUGUCCAGAACUACCCUCUGCUGAAGCUGAGGACAGUCCAAUUAAAAGUAUUCCGAAAAUCUGUGCGGAUUCGUAUAAGGGCCAGAAAAGUAUUGCAUCAUAUUUUAACUGCAACAAUGAUAAACAAGAUGGUAAAAAAAUUAGACUUGAUACAGACAGUAGGCUCUCUUCCAACAUAUCAACUGAAGCUUCUUCUGUGAUCUAUAUCAGUGAUACCGAUUCAACAAGCAGGUCACCCAAAACCACACACCGUUCAGAUCCAUCCAACAGCCAGACUGGAACACCUUCAAAAAUGUAUUCACCAAUUAAAUUACUCAGAAAGUCUUCAACCAUUUAUGUUAGUGACUCAGAUUCUUCCACAUCAAAAGCGAAUGGUGAACAAACUAUGCAAAAGUUACAGCAAAACGAUGUUGUGAAAGCAUUAUUUGAAGGGCAGAGAAACUUGGCCAAAAACUCAAACACAAAGAAAAGAAAAAGGGAAGUAGGAAAGAAAACAUUUCCUAUUUUAUCUAAAGUACCAAGGACUAAGGUAGCUCUUUUUACUAAGGAGCUGGAAGAAAUGAAUUCCUCAGAUGAUGAUGUGUUGUGGACAGCAGAAGAAACCACUGACUCAAAGUUUGGUCUUCUUGGUCAUCAGCCUCAAGAGAAAAUAAAUUACUUUGAUAAAAUUCCAGAUGAAUUGUUGCAGAAAAUAUUUUGCCAGUUACCUAUUUUGGAUCUUUGCCUAAACUGCAACAGAGUGUGCAUAAGAUGGAAUGAAAUUAUUUCACAGGAAAAGUUUAUGAAGUGGAAGAAGGCCUACUAUAAGCUUAAAAAGGACAACCAGUCAUCUGAGGAAUCAAAGACAGCUGUUAGGCGAAUCAUGAUGGAGAACGGAAUGAAAAACACAUCAGAGUAUCUAUCUGGACUCAUUAGGUACUUCAGUUCUUUCUUUUCCUUUCCUGUGUCUGUGAGGAAAGAUAUGUCAGAAAAAAUGCAGCAACACAAGAAAUAUACGUGGGCCAAAGCUCUGAUGGAGGAGAGAUUGUCAGACCUCAUCAUUGAGGGGGUUCCAAAUCCCUGGAGUUUAAUCAUCACCCUGGUUGUGAUCUCAGAGACAGUGGCGGACGUACAGGAAAUCGUUCGUUGUAUGUCACGUUCUAUGUGUCUGACAGAGGAAAUUCUGGAGAUGUUGUAUUGCUGUGCAUCCAUUUUGUUGGUGAUGAAAUUCCUCAAAAGAAGUGCUGUGUGGAAUGGGAUGCAUUACCGGUUGUUCUAUGCCCUGUAUCUGUUUGAGAAUUCCUCUGUGGCUCAUUAUGGAGAUCUAAAGGCAGUUACCAAGGGAGGUCAACAGAGCAUUACCAAUUACAGUCGAUCAGAUACAAUAGUGAAAUUAACUCAUGAACAGCUACGCAUUGUUAACCACAAUGUCCAGGCAGGGGAAGUAAUCAAAAUCAUUGCUUUUGCAGGAACCGGUAAAACUACGACCCUGGUUCGCUACACCCAGAUGAGACCGUCCAUGAAGUUCCUGUUGGUUGUUUAUAACAGAUCUGUUUGUGAUUUUGCUAAAACAAAGUUUCCAAAAAAUGUAGAAUGCCAGACCGGACAUUCAUUGGCCUUCAAGUCUGUUGGAAGAAAGUUUAAAGAUGCCAAAAAGCUCCGAGAAUUGUCUGUGUUUGCCAUAACACAACUCCUUCCAUCUCGUAAAGGAGACAAUUUGUUCAUACGGGCCAAACUUGUGCAGGACACGCUCAAGGUGUUCUUUUCUUCAGCAGACCGAACAAUAUCUCUGGACCACACCCCGACCCAGAGAAUGAAUGACAAUGGAUUGCGAGUGUACAUUGAAGUGGACAAGAGACAGGGUUAUGUAAAAGAUGCUGAAUUUCUGUGGGAGAAGAUGAAGGACUUGAGGAAUCCCAACGUUCCAAUGACACAUGACGGUUACCUCAAACUGUACCAGCUAUACAGACCCCGACUCAGUAACUACGACUGUAUCCUGAUUGACGAGGCCCAGGAUCUGACCCCAGCCAUAUCAGAUUUACUCCUCAGUCAGCCCCAGGCAAAGAUCCUGGUGGGGGACCCUCACCAACAAAUCUACUCCUUCAGGGGGGCAGUCAAUGCUCUCCAGCAGAUCAGGGCAUCGUUUAUCUUUUACCUGACACAGUCAUUCAGGUUUGGUCCAGAGAUAGCACAAGUGGCUGCAUACUGUAUUGAGGAACUGAAACAUGAGAAGAAGACACUGGUGGGAAAUGGGAACUCUGGCUGUGUGUAUGGAGAGACCAGUGGACAGAUAGCUGUUCUGUGUCGCUGUAACUUCACCGUUUUCUCUGAAGCGGUCAAGAAAUGCUGUUAUGCUGGGGAAACCAAUAUCAGGGUUGCCUUUGUUGGGGGCACAGAUGGCUUUGGAUUUCCAAUGCUACAGGAUCUCUAUACUUUGAUGCUCUCCCCUGAAGAACGAAUUAAACAGAAACGUGUCAUUGAAAAUAAGCUAGUGAAGAAGUUUAACAGUUUUGCUGAGUUUGAGCAGUUUGCUUUGAAGACAAAUGACAUGGAGUUGCUAGGAAAGAUAAAGAUUGUGAAGACCUAUCACCAUAAUCUUCCUGUCUCCAUACACAAGAUCCUGGCCAGGACUGUAAAAGAUCUCAACACUGCAGACAUGAUCUUCAGUACGGUCCACAAAGCAAAAGGACUGGAGUUUAACACAGUGAAGUUGACGGAUGAUUUCAACGUGGGAUUGGACUUUGUGACCGGACUUUCUAGACCAGUGCCGAUCAGUGCGGACGAGUUCAAUCUUCUGUAUGUAGCAGUGACUAGAGCUAAGCGGUCUCUCCUUAUGACUCCAACUCUCGUCAACCUGAUGAAGAGAGCAGGGGAGAAAUACGAGUUUCCUGUGUUGAGUUCUCAGUUGGUUACUUCCGGAGUUGUCAUGAAAUGUAAAGAGACGGACGAGGGGUUUACUCCCUUUGCUCUGACUUUACAAAAGAAACGGAUUGUUACCAGUGACGGAGUCGUUAUUGAGGGAGGUGUUUAUGGACCAAAGAUUCUGGUGGAGAAUAGUCAUCACUUCAGAGAAUUAUUAGGAGACCCCGAUCACAAGCACACACAGGCCGAGGACUUUCCUGACAAGGAGAGAGAGAUAGAGAUUAUCAUUGAUCUGGGGGAGUGAAGAGAGAGAGAAAAGAGAGAGAGAGACAGAAAGAAAGAGAGAGAGAGAGAGACAGAAAGAAAGAUUAUGAAAGAGAAGGAGACUUCCAUGCAGUGUAAAGUGUUAUUUAACCUGUGAGAAAAACACUUAAACAGAAAAGACAGAAGAGAAAAGUGCAUCUGUAUUAGUUUGAGGGAGUGACUAUAAACUUUGUGUGUUUAUGAGAGAGAGAGAGAGAGAGAGAGAGAGAGAGAGAGAGAGAGAGAAAAUUUGUUUCAUUGUGAACAAAGCAAUCAAACAAUGGUGCUAAACGAUUCUGAUUACUAGUAUUCCAUAACUGAUUUAAUUUCUUUCUACUUGGCUCUUAUGGAUAACACCAAAAAAGAAAAAUAUAAAAACCAUCUAACAAUUUGUUUUGCUGGUAAUUUUUUCAAAUAUUGAGGUUCCAUACUGUAGUAUAUAAUUAUAGUAAAAAAUGUAGGACAUUCAAACUUACUUUGUUGUGAGAAACAUUUUGUCAUGUGGACUACUAUUUUUUAUACCAUUUGAUAGAUUUUGCCUUUUUAUAUCACUUGAUAGACUUUGUUGUUCUAAGAAUGCCACGCCUAAAAUUGUCAAGUUAGAUAACUCAUGUAACCAGUGCUGUUAUUGUUAUUUAUUUAUACAAUACAGAUUGAUA